AUGAAGCUUGCCACCGCACGCCGUUUCCUGCAACAAUCCUGUGCCUUGGGCCAACAAGUCGUUCACAAAAGCACCAGACCCAGUCUUUCGAUUCUUUCUCGAGAGCUAUCAACGUUGAAACCAAACGCUCACCUUUCAUUCUCUUCACCUUCUCUCUCAUCAUCAAUCCGAAACAUGUCUACUAUCAAGCGCAUUGGAACCGAAGGCAACCCCAACAUGUCUUCUGCCGUCGUCCACAACGGAAUCUUGACCACCAUGGGUGUCAUUGAUCCCUCUGGAGGUGACCUUGUCGCCCAAACCAAGAAUAUCUUGGCUCACAUUGACAAGCUCUUGGCCGAAGGAGGUACCGACAAGUCCCAAUUGCUCACCGCCAACAUUUGGCUUAAGGAUAUUCAAAGUGGAUUUGGUCCAAUGAACACUGUCUGGGUUAAUUGGAUCGAUGGUUCCAACAAGCCUGUUCGUGCCUGCACCCAAGCUGAGCUGGCCCUCUCCAAAUUGUUGAUUGAAAUUCAAGUCACUGCUGCUGUACCCUAA